CAAGGGAAUUCUGAGCUCUUCAGGUUUAUCGGAGAAAAGAUUAUGUGGGAGGCAAGGGGUAUCAAUAAUACACGUUCAAUUUGUAAAAUUGUUGAAGACGCUCUCUGGGAUGCUAGAUUUAAGCAAAAGAAUAGCAAGCGGAGAAAAAAUAUAAAGAUCCCUGACUCUGACGAGCAGUUUAGUUAUGUUGUAGUGAACGAUGGUCCUCGCUAUAAAGAAGAUGGUACAAAAUCAACAAGGAAGGGUGAUUAUAUGGAGUUCGCAAAUAUUGCGAAAGAGUUUAAUAUGGAGAUAGAUAUCAGAUACUAUUUAGAACAAACUGUAGGGAUGUGCGCACGCUUCAUUAAUGAAGAUGAUAGUUUUCAACCACCCCUAUCAGAUAAAAUAAUGCAGAAUAAAGAUUCGGACAAAAGAGAAAAGGAGAUCGAUGAUUAUUCCCAGAAAAAAGCAAAAAACUGGCUUAUAAGAUAUAUCAAGAGCCUUCAAUAA